AUUUAUGGUUUUUGACAUUUAUUAUUUUGAAACAGCUAUUUUUGCGAAUAAUCUCGUAGCACAUUUUAUAUUUACUUAUUAUAGAUAGUAUUUUAUUAAGAAAGAUGAGUUUCCUUGCCAGAACAAGAACACGUAUAUUGCCUGCGGUAUUUAAUACCAGGAUGUAUGCCGGUGAACCAGGCUCCGGAGCCGGUAAGGGUGGUGGCGGCGGUGGUGCCAUCCGUGAGGCCGGUGGAGCAUUUGGGAAGAUGGAAGCCGCUAGGGAAGAUGAGUAUUUCUAUAAGAAGCAAAAGGAGCAAUUGGCGAAUAUCAAAGGCCAUUUAGAUAAAGAGAUCUCCUUCCAUCAGGAGCAGAUAAAACGCCAUGAAGACGCUAUCAGGCGCCACAAGCAGCAGAUGGCAGAGAUGGGAGACAAAUAAACUUAAUGUGUAUCAUAUACAAGUCCUGUUUAUGAAUUCCCUGCUUAGACAUGGAAGUUUUUCUUCAUUAUUAAGAUUAAUUUUUUUUCGCUUUUAUUUUGCUUAGGUUCUAGAUUUGAGGUAAUAAAUAUAUUGUACAGGCA